AUGGAAGAAUUUGACUUCCGUUGGGGUGGUGUUGCUCCUAAAUACAGUAACCAUGAAAAUUGUACUUUACAACUUCACCAUGGGGGUGUGUUGGAAAGUGGGGAGUAUAAAAAUGGAAAAGUUUGUUACUUGGAUAAUGUUAUAGAGGAUUUUCUAUCAUUGGGGGACUUAAGAAAGGUAGGGAAAGGGCUUGGUUACAAUGUAGACAUUUCCAACCCCAAACCAAAUCUAGAAAUGUGGUAUAGGAAGGGUGGAACCCAUGGUGUAGAUGAGCUUGAACUUAUCAGCUCUGAUGCUAAACUGGUUGACAAGUUGGGCCAAAUGCCAUGUAAUAGGAUUGUUGUGUUGUACUAUACUGAAGUGGGAAAUUCUAAUAUAGUUUGGAGUCAAGCAUCUUUUGGGUGCCAAGGUUUGGAUGGUGCAGACAAUUAUGCAGAGAAAGAUGAAGCCGAUGUUGUAGACAGCGAAGAAGAUGAUGGAGAAUUUGUUGAUAAGGACACUAUGAAUGUUAGCAAUGAGGGGCCUACUUUUGAGGCUCUUGGAGAGGUGUCAUCAGAUGGUGAGCACACCUCAUAUUUUGAUAGUGAAAGUGAGGGUAAUGGUGAUGAUAUGGAAGGGGAUACUGAAGGGACAAAUUUUCUAGCAAAGAUUAAGAGAAACACAUAUUGGAAUCUGAAAGCAUUUCAAGGAGAAGUUUUGGAGUCCUAUCAUGUGAGGGUGUCCAAAACUCAAGUGUAUAGAGCAAAGAGAUUGGCUAAAGCACAAAUUGAAGGAAACUACAUACAGCAAUAUGCACGGUUGUGGGACUAUGCAGAACAGUUGAAGAAUACCAACAAUGGUAGUACAGUGAAAAUUAAGCCUGUAAUUGGGGUUGAUGCUUGCCAUUUGAAAGGUCCUUAUCCUGGGCAAAUAUUGACUGUUGUAGGAGUUGAUGGUAUUACAAAUGGUUUAUCCUGGGUUUUUAUAAGUAAUAAGCAAAAAGGCCUCAUACCUGCCAUUGCACAUAAUAAUUUCAUAGCAACACAUCUUGAUCUCACUCUUAAACACAUGUUGUGGGCAGCUGCCAGAGCCACUACUAUUCCUUGGUGGGAAGCAGAAAUGGAGAAGAUGAAGGAAGAGGACCUGGAAGCUUGGAAAUGGUUAGUACAGAGACCACCCAAAAAUUGGACUAGAUCUCAUUUUCAUCCGAGGAUUGCUUAUCAAAGGGCUGCUUGUGGUACAUUGAAACACCCUGUUGGCCCAAGGAUAUUCAAAAUAAUUGAGAAGAACAAGAUGGGAGCUUCUUAA